GGGAGCCAACAGUUGACAUUUUUGGAGGUCCCAGCAAGACCUAGGCAGUUUCUGCUGCUGCAGCAACACCUUCAAGCCAGAAUCACUGUGUGCCUCUGAGGUCCCUGCAACCUUCUCUUCCGGCACUCUCUGAACGCAAAGUGUUUCAGCCAAUACAGAGACGUUCAUCUUCAAGCCAUCAUGAGCUCUAAGAAGCAGAGGCCACAGAAGGACUCAUAUGAAAAGAAUAGCAAGAAAAUUGAGCACUACUUUUCUAAGGUCAAUGAAAAGCAGCAGAAUAAUCCCAGUACUUCUCAAAUGAAGACGGACUCUAGAAAAAGUUCAGAGAAUAUAGCCAACGCCCAGGCUGAAGGACCCAAAGACCAGACUGUAUCCCAAGAUAAGACAAUUUAUGUUCACUUGAAUGUAAACCUCAAGAAAAACAAAAAAAUGCCAGUUGUGCUCACGCAUACUAAUAAGGCUAGCUUAUACAUGGCACUCAGCACUCUCAAGGCUGUCAGAGAAGUAAUGGAAUCUCAUCCAGACCAAGAAAUGCUGGUAUGUGGCAAAAGUGGAAUUGAAGGAUACUUAAACCUUGGAAUGCCCCUGAGCUGUUUUCCUGAAGGCUGCCACGUGGAAAUCACCUUUGGUCCAUGUAAAGCAAAGCAGGAAGAGGUGAAGCAGGUAUUCCGCCAGCACAACAACAUGUCUACUGAUGACUGCGUCAAGUUUUAUAUUCACGCAGUCGGGAAGGGCCCCAGGAAAAAGAUUGUCAAGUGCGGGCAACUUCACAAAGAUGGGUGCAAACUCUGCAUCUUUGCCUUCAAAGGAGAAAGCAUUAAGAAGGCUCUGUGUGAGGAUGGCAGAUUUCUUCCCGUUCUGGAGAAUAAUGAUUGGAAACUCAUUGAAAACCUGAACUGCAUUUUAGAAAGCUCACAGAAGGUUGAUCACCUGGAGGGCAAGCUCUUUCAGCUUAGCGUUGAGAAGAAAAGUGUGGCUGCCGUGGCUGCCGUGGCUACUGUGGCUGCCGUGGCUACCGUGGCAGCAGCUGCUCAGAAUUCUGAGUCACAGGUGAUAAACCCCUCUCGGUUGAUAGAAGAAAUUGUCAACCAGUACCCCAGUUUGAAAAGAGAAAGGGAUAAAAUUAGAGAAAACUUUGAGAAAGAGAAGCAAAUAAGAAAGGGGAAACAAUUAUUUAAAUUGCAUAAAGCAAACUUUGGGAAACUGACCAAAAACUCUACUUUGGUUAAAGUCCACAAACUUCUUUCUCAUCUCAGUAAUUCAGUUGGGUUCCUAUCAUGGGACAACAAUGGGAACACAGGUUGUGCCACUUGCUUUGUCUUUAGUGGGUUGUACCUUUUCACUUGUCGGCAUGUAAUAAGUGAUAUUGUGGGGAAGGGAGUAGAGCCAAGUAUGUGGGCCCAUGUCAUUGGUCAAUGUGUAAAGGUGACAUUUGUUUAUGAGGAGUUCCUAGAAAGAGAAGAGAACUACUUUUUCGUUGAACCUUGGUUUGAGGUAUCUGAUGUAAAUCUUGAUUAUGCUGUUCUCAAACUGAAGACCUAUGGACAACAAGUACCUGUGGGAUUAUACAAUGGAAUUGGUCCUGCACCACAUAGUGGGUUGAUAUAUAUUAUUGGCCAUCCAGAUGGGCAGGCAAAGUCUACUGAUGCUUGUUCUGUGAUCCCACAGGGUCAGCGUGAAGAGGCGUAUCAGGAAAGUCUUCAGGCUAGGGAAGCAGAGAGUUAUAGUCCUGGCAUGCAGUAUAUCCAUAUGCACACUCAAAGAAGUUUCCCAGAAACAAUUCGAGAGUCUGGCUUGAUCACUUAUCACACCUCUUUUUACUUGGGAUCUUCUGGCUCCCCUGUUUUUGAUUCAAAUGGUUCAUUGGUGGCCAUGCAUACUGCUGGCUUCCCUUAUAUCUACCAAGGUGAGUUUUCUAGCAUCAUUGAAUUCGGCUCUACUCUGAAAUCCAUCCUCUCUGAUAUCAAGGAAAACCAUACAAAGUGGUAUGAAGAAGUAUUUACAAAUCUGCAGGAAGUAGAAAUGGUGAGUGUUUAGGAUGAGGAACAGUGAGAAUUCAGUCAGUUUGCCACCUUUAAGGGAAUUACCUAUGGAAUUGUUAUUCCAUAAGCAAUGAUGAUAGUUUUCUACCUUCCACAAUGGUCAGUCUCAUAAAAAAAAUAAUAAUUAAUGUUAUCGACCACUUCCUAUGCACCAAGCAUUUUUCUAAGCACAUGAAGAGACUAGUCUUAACAACUCUAUGAUGAACUGGACUAUUAUCCCUGUGUUUUCUCUUGCAAAUGCCUGUAUUGUUGCUGUGGUAGCUGCCUCCAGUGCUGCUGGAUAGCCGCCCAGCUUUAUAGCACCCCCAUACUAGGGACACCUCUUGCUGACUGCUUAGGGCACGUUGCUGAAGAGGGUGGGCGGGUCGUGUGAGAUUGUAAGAGCUCUUCACAAGAGCGGAAGUAGAAUGCUGGAGGAGGCAAUCAAGGGGAAGUAACCACCAGUUGACCUUCGAGCUGGACCCGGGCAGUUGGAGGCACUUCUGUCCUUGGAAUGUACACUUUGCCUACCAUUCCCACAGAGAGAGCUGUUCCAAGGACAUAGCCUUGACUUUGAAAUACUAUAUGAUAUCACUUGUAAAUGGACUCUAAAAAAUAAUACAAAUGAAUCUAUAUACAAAACAGAAACAGACUCAUCGACAUAGAAAGCAAAUAUGGUUCCCAAAGGGGAGAGGGAAGAAGAGAGGGACAUAUUAGGAGUAUGAGAUUAACAGAUACAAACUGCUAUACAUAAAAUCGAUAAGUAACAAGGAUUUACUGUAUAGCACAGGGAAUUUUAUUCAAUAUCUUGUAAUAACCUAUACUGGAAUGUAGUCUAAAAAAUAGUCAUAUCACUUUGCUGUACACCUGAAAUUAACACAAUAUGGUAAAUCAACUAUAUUUCAAUUAAAAAAAAUUCUGGCAAGAGGGUGCAAAGAUCUACCCAUCUUAUGACCUCUCAAGCCAAGCUUAUAUGUAAGUUCCCUUGCUUAUUAAACUGCUACCUAUCAA